CAUAUGUAAACAAACAGACAAGUCAAGCCGGUGAACAUUUACGCAUCGAAAAAUGUUUCCUUGUUACGCACAGAUCUUGUUUUCUUUAAUUUGCGUGACAGUCCUAUCGUCUUGUUCCGGUGCUUCAAAAUGUGGUUAUCUGAGCUGUCCUAAAGGAAAAGAUGGGAUGCUCAAUGUUCAUUUAGUACCUCACACACAUGAUGAUGUUGGAUGGCUAAAGACUGUUGACCAAUAUUUUUAUGGAGAUAAAAAUAACAUCCAGAGAGCUGGAGUGCAAUACAUUCUGGAUUCUGUUGUUCAGGAACUAUUACAAGAUCCAUCAAAGAGAUUUAUUUAUGUAGAAGUAGCAUUCUUUGCCCGAUGGUUGAAUGAACAACAUGAUAUUAUGAGACAUGCAGUUAAAGGACUUGUAAACUCAGGUAGAUUGGAGUUUAUAUUGGGAGGUUGGUGUAUGAAUGAUGAAGCUUCCACUCACUACAAUGCCAUUAUAGACCAGCAUGCUUUGGGAUUUGAAUUUUUACGUCAGAAUUUUGGGGAGUGUGGUAGACCUCGAGUUGCAUGGCAAAUUGAUCCUUUUGGACAUUCCAGAGAACAAGCUUCAUUAUUUGCACAGAUGGGCUUUGAUGGUUUAUUUUUUGGACGUGCUGACUAUGAAGAUAUAGAUCAGCGAAAGAAAGCGAAAACCAUGGAAAUGAUGUGGAAUGGGAGUCCUAAAAAUUUAGGGUCCAAGGCAGAUUUAUUUUCAGGAGUCCUAUUUAAUGGAUAUAGCCCUCCACCAGGUUUUUGUUUUGAUAUCAACUGUAAUGAUGAUCCAAUUAUGGAUGAUGACAGAUUACAUGAUUACAAUGUUCAACAGAAAACUACACAGUUCAUAAGAUAUGCUCAGUUACAGGCUUCUCAUUAUGCAACUAACAACAUCAUCAUGACAAUGGGAAGUGAUUUUAAUUACCAGAAUGCCCAUACAUGGUUCAAAAAUAUGGACAAACUUAUCAAAUAUGUCAAUCAAAGGCAAGUCAAUGGAAGUAAAGUUAAUGUUUUCUACUCCACACCAUCCUGUUAUCUUCAAAGUUUAAAUAAUGCCAGCAAGACGUGGACCACCAAACAAGAUGAUUUCUUUCCAUAUGCACAUAGACCACACAGUUUCUGGACUGGGUACUUCACCAGUAGGCCAACCCUGAAAGGCUAUGUCAGACAAACUAAUAAUUUCUUACAGGUUUGUAAACAGCUUGAUGGACUUGCAGAAUUAAAAGAUACAGAUAACAGUACAUUUCAUUUAAACAUUUUACGUGAAGCAUUAGGAGUUGCUCAGCAUCAUGAUGCAGUGUCUGGUACAGAGAAGCAAGCUGUUGCCUAUGACUAUGCAGAAAGAUUAGCUAAUGGUGUAAUGGAAUGUCAGAAAGUUGUAAAUGAUGCCCUGAAGAAGUUAUAUAAGAAAGGAAGUACACCAGCACCAAAUCAGUUGUUUUGUAACCUACUCAACAUUAGUGUGUGUCAUGUGACAGAAACCAGUAAACAGUUUACUUUGACUGUAUAUAACCCCUUGGCAAGAUCAGUUAGUUCUUGGAUCAGGCUGCCUGUUGUAGGAACAAAUUAUACCAUAAGAGGACCAAAAGGGGAAAACCUACAAUCUCAGAUAAUUCAAGUAUCAGCUGACACUAAAAGGAUACCAGAAAGAACUGGAUCCCUAGCAAAGAAUGAACUGGUUUUCCAUGCAGAUCUUCCUCCCUUGGGAUUUAAUACCUACUUCAUAAGUAUGACAGGUACAAUGGAGAGACAUUCCACCAAGUCAUUUAAAAUGAAAUCCAACAGUGAUCUUGUAAUGAAAAAUGAGCAUGUGUCUUUAACAUUUGAUGGUACAACUGGUGCCCUGAAGCAGAUAACAAAUCUAGACAGUCGAGUAACAGUACAAGUGAAGCAAGAGUUGAUGUACUACAUAGGUGUGUCAGGAUCUUCAAAAUCUUCAGCUCUCAAUGCUCAGCCAUCAGGAGCUUAUAUUUUCAGACCAAACGAAACUGAACCUUUGUCUUUCCAUGCCGACUUAAAGAAAACAACUGCAUUCAAAGAGGGUGCACUUGUACAAGAGGUUUAUCAGAAGUUUAGCCCUUGGGCAACACAAGUGAUAAGACUUUAUGAUGGAGCAAAACAUGCAGAAUUUGAAUGGACAGUUGGACCAAUUCCUGUCAGUGAUAUGAAUGGGAAAGAAGUAAUAUCAAGAUUCAGUACUGACCUGACCACUAAAGGUGUUGUGUAUACUGAUGCAAAUGGCAGGGAAAUUUUACAGAGAAAGAGAAAUCAUAGAGACACAUGGAAUUUUACCAAUACAGAACCAGUCUCUGGCAAUUAUUAUCCUGUUAACAGUAGAAUUUAUCUUAGAGAUGAGUCUAAGAAGAUACAGGUUACAGUACUGACAGACAGAAGUCAAGGAGGUGGUAGUAUAACAGAUGGUAACCUAGAACUCAUGGUACAUAGACGACUGUUGUGGGAUGAUUAUUUAGGUGUAGCUGAGGCUUUAAAUGAGACAGGAGUGGAUGGCAAAGGAUUGAUAGCUAGAGGAAAACACUUCAUAUAUGUAGAUAAGAUAGAGAAUUCAGCCAAAUUCCAUAGAGACAUGGCCCUGAAACUGUAUAUGGCUCCAAGUUUGUCAUUUACCACAUCAACAAUGAAACAAUCUGAUUGGAGUAAAACCUACCAUACAUCCUGGAGUGGAUUGAAAACUGCUUUACCAGAAAAUAUCCAUAUGUUGACCUUUGUACAGUGGGCAGGGCCAUCUUUUACUCCAAGAACUUCACAGCCAUACCUUGUCAGAUUUGAACAUAUUUAUGAGAAAGAUGAAGAUGCAACACUAUCUCAACCUGUUAAGAUAGCUUUACAGAAUUUAUUUGUACCAUUUGAUGUACAGUCCGUAGAAGAGUUAACAUUGGGUGCUAAUUUACAGUUAUCUCAGUUACACAGACUGAAGUGGAAAACUAAUCAACAUUUUCCUGACUUAUCAAGACAAUCACAGCCUGUAACUGCUACUGAUAAUUUCACUGUCGUACUCAAUCCAAUGGAAAUUAGAACAUUUCAGAUUACUUGGAAAUGAAAGAUGAAAGAGAUUUUAAAAAGGGAUUUUAAGGGAAGGACUUGAUACAUUCCUUAAAUUAAGAAUGGAAUUCCAAGGUGAUAAAACAAGCUUAAGAAUAAAAAUAAGGUUACAAUUCAAUGUUGCAUAAGUAUCUAUUUAUAAUUGACACUAAUCCUUUGUCCAUCAAUUCAACUUUUAUGCACCAUUUUGAGUGUAGAUGGAAAAUUUUUCUUCAUUGCAUAAUAAAUUCUGAGAAGAAUUCAUACUACUGUAAAUUCAGAAAUUAUUGCGUCCAUUAAUUAUUGUGAUUUUUGAAGAAUGGACAAAAAUGCGAGAUUAAUUAUUGCGAUUUCAGGAACAUUUGCAUCCAGAUAUAUGUAUCAAAUAUCAGAAUGCGAGUUCUUAUUAUUGCGAUCCUCACCCAUUCGCAUUAAUAAAAACCUCGCAAUAAUUUCUAAAUUUACAGUAUAUUUGUAUACAGGUAUUUAGCUUGUCUCUGUUUUAAUUGUACAUUUUUGUACUAUCAAUUGCUUAUUAAAGCUUGUGAUUUAAAUAUUUUGAGGAAAGACCAUGUUUACCGUUAUCUAUAAUUUCUUAUGUAUCAUUUAUAAUGAUUAUGUUGUUUUGGUUAUGUAGAUUUUUGUGUGAUACAUUGUGAGAGGAGUGUAAAGACCUCAAAGGGGGGAGGGGAAUGUACUAAUUGAUCUUACCCUAAUGAAAUGAAAGAUUAUUAUUAUUUGAACUAUAUGAUUUCAAGUUUAACUGAUAUGGUGUGGUUCAUUUAUCUUGUUGGUUACAAGUUAUAUGUCUGAAUGACUGAAAUUAACCAUAAAUGCAUGUAUGACUGUUAUGAUAUUUUUAGAAUAGGGUCCCUUGUCCAAGUAGGGUUAGGACUAGCAGUAGCUCUAUAUUUUAUCAUGAUCUCAGUGGUAAUGGCAUGAGGGUUUGGAUGGGGUUGACAGAAUAGAGAAUAAUGGGCUAAUGCUACAGAAAAGUUGGCCAAAAAAUUAAGAAUAGAAAAAAAAUAGGCCAAAAAAAUGAAGAAUAGAGAAAAAUGGGGUGCUAAAAUAUAAAGAAUAGAGACUAAUGGACAAAAUUUAUAAAGAAUUGAGAAAAAUGGCUUAUGAAAUUAAAGAAUACAAAAUUGAAGGACCCCCAUCAUGGCAUUAUUGAAUUUUAAAAACCUCAUCCUCAAGCAUUCAGUGCAAUUAUUCAGUUGAUCAGUUGAUCAUAUUUGUCAUAAAAAUUUGUUUUAAAUUUCCAUUUAAUGUUUAAGAUUCAGUAGAUUGAUUGGAAAUCUUUAUAAAGUCUUUACUCUUUUGCUUUAGGUAAUUCUUUUGGUUCUAACAUUUUUACAUAAAUUGUCAGUUUUCCUACUGAAUGUUGGUGGUUCUGUCAGGCUUCCUUCACCAAUAAAAACUGACCGCCAUGGUAUAGCCAAUAGUGCUGAAAGUAGAGUUUAACAUCAACAAUCAAUCAAUCAAAUAUAGUCCUCUCAAUCUAAGGAAAUGUAACCAUGACCUUUUCAUGUUCAAUUCUAGAAUGGAGACUUGGAAAAUUGAAAUCCACAAUGAAUUAAGUUUAUAAUGAUUUUCAAGUUCAGAUGAAUCAUGAAUCAUGCAGUGUUCAUUAUCAUCAAUACAGAUUAUUUAGCUUUUUUUAUUGAUUUGGAAACAAUUGAAUGUUGAAACUUAACCUGUUAUAAACCAUGCUAUAUUUUAUUUUUUUAAAAGAGGAAUAUGUCAUUUUGGAACAUUUUGAAAUUACAACAUAUAAAUGGAGACAAUAUUCUCUUACUUUUUUUGGUCAUAAUUUCAAGUUCUAUGUUUCUGAAUGGGGUAAAUUUGAUAUGCUUGUUAUGUUUAUAACUGCUUGUUAUUUUGUAACAUUUUUUUUUUUUUUCAAUAAAAAUUUACUUUUUA